CGCAAUGCAACCAACCAUUUAGCUAUUUGCCAGCGUCAAAACACAAGCGUCAUUUUCCCCUUUCAUCCUCUUAUGGAUUUUACUGCUUGUAUUAGUGUGUUGGUAACUUUUUGGGCAACCAAAACAAACCUUCCAAAACACUAAGACUUCACCCGAAUUUAUUUAAAACAUAAAGCAUUUUUGUGACAAUGAGUGAAGGUAAAAGAGAGAAAAACUACUUCCAGCACUAUCGCAAGAAAUGGGAAAAAAUUCCCCAGCUCAGGGGUUGGCUGAGUGAGGCGCCGUCCACAAAUCCAGAACACGCAAAGGCGUUUUGCAAGUACUGUCAAAAGAAACUUGUUCCGCAUGUGACAGGUCUCCUGAAACAUGCGUCCUGCAGGAAUCACUUGAAAGCUGCCAAAGAUUACGUGGAUAAGAUAAAUGCAGCAGUUAGAAGAGCGCAGGAAAAAGCUCUUAGCACUUCAGUGUCCGUGACAAACAAUGAAGAUGGCAAGACGACAGAAGUUCAAAAUGAACCUUCUCAAACAGAAGAUUCUACUAUGGGAGAGAUUCUCACUGUACCCCCGGAAUCUAAAGAAGUAGAGGCGAAUGAUAACGUGGAUGGAUCAACGGCACAAGAAGAUACGACAGAAAAGUCUGCGGAGCCUAAUCAACUGCUAGUUGAAAAUCUGGGUGACGACAUGGAAACUGACAUGGAAACAGUCACCGUAAUAAUGGACCCUAUUUCUCAUACAAAAAAACUCAAAGUGGUCACCAACCCCGGUCCUUUGUCAACACAUGUCCUGGACACAAUCCGAGGAAGCCCUGCCAUUGGCCUGGUUGUCACUCUUUACAGACUCAAGGACAGUCGAUGGACAUUAAUCAGUGAGAGUGUCACCGAUGCUGAUGGGCGCUGCAAUGAUCUCUUGACCAUAGAAACAGUGACAGCAGGGCGUUAUAAACUUCAAUAUGCGCUCAGCCAGUACUACACCAUUCGAAACCAAGAUUGCUUUUAUCCUGUGGUUGAGCUGACCAUCGAUUUGGCGGAUCCAAAUCAGAAGUACACUGUUCCUCUUUUAAUUAGUCCUUUUAGCUACUCUACUUAUAAGGCAUGAUUUUGUAAUAAAAUUCUGAAUUACGUAAGCUUAUAA